CUUUCUUUUUCUCACCUUUAUGUACUAUCUAUUUUAUCUCAUGAUUUGUAGAAAUCACAAUCAAAUUUAAUUAAUUUCCUCCAAAAAAUAAAAAGGGUUUUUAUUUCUUUAUCUUUAUUUUCAAAGAUGUUUUCAUCAAAUAAUAAUAACAAUUCUUAUCCUUUGUUUUAUGAUCAGUCUCCAUCUUUUUUUACUAAUCGCGCUAUCCCAGAAAGCAACAACAAUAUUUUGUUCCAACAUUAUUAUGGAAAGUUCUUACCACCAACUUCAUAUCCUCCUAUUUCAGACAAUUCAAUUGUAAAUUUAUCAUCUGAACCUUCAAUUAACCAACAAAAUGGGUUGUUAUGCCCGUCGAAUGUACGUGUUUCGAGUUCUAGAAGAGCAGCUGGAAAGAAAGAUAGGCAUACCAAGAUCACCACUGCUCAAGGGGUUAGAGAUAGGAGGGUAAGAUUGUCAAUGAGCAUUGCUCGCGAGUUCUUCAACCUUCAAGACAUGUUAGGAUUUGAUAAGGCUAGCAAAACCCUUGGAUGGCUCUUGACUCACUCUAAGGCCGCCAUCGACGAGCUUGCUAGCACUUCAAAUUUAAAGCCUCCUGUAACACCUGAUGAUAAUGAAGUUGUCGUCAUCAAUGAUCAAGAGUAUUGUACUAGUAACAACAAUGAUGAUGAGAAAUCGUCGAGUAAAAGGAGAAAGAGGAGAGAAAAUAGCCACCUUAAUAAUACUCGAAAUGUUGUCAAUGAGUUGAGGAGGAGAGAAGAGGCUAGGGAACGCGCUAGGGAGAGAACACGAAAGAAAAAAAUCGUCGAUGAUCAUCAUCUAGAGAGUUCGUCGAGUUCGAUGAUUUGUCAUCAAUCAAACCCUGCAAUUAUGUCCAACAAUAAUAAUAAUAAUACUCUUUCCAGUAAUGGACUGAUUAGCAAAGAGGGUAGUAGUACAGUAAGAGAAUCUGUUGUUAUAAAGGGCAAUUAUAAUAACAAGUCGAAAGGAUCAUCUUAUAAUAAUUACAAUUAUGAGAUGAUUAGCUCAAAAGAUGAACAAGAUAGUUGUAAUUAUUACAAUGAUUAUUUCAACAAACCUGCAUCUGAAAGUUGUAAUUACUACAGUGGGAUUCUGCAGCCGACUGGAUUUCCUGCUUUGAACAUUAUCAAUCUGUCCACAGAAAUUCACAUCAAUGCUAGACCUUGGGAAACUUACAGCAAUCACAUCCUGCACUAGGUAAUGGUGUGGCACGCUCGAGGUUUGGUAUUAGAGUUAUUUUUUCAUGUAAGGAUUUCUAUACAUAGCUCCUUCUUAGCUUGUUGAUGAUCUUGAAUUUUCGGUUGUACUCUUUGCUCGAAAUAUGUCCAUAUAUUAA